UUGAGGUUGCUAGGUGUAGCGGAGGUUGCAGAUACCUAAAUUGUUGGAACGCCGCUUAGUGGUGUAGGUAGAACUAUUCAGGAUUAACAUGCGAGUUGUUCCCCCCUUGCAUACCCGUUGUGUUCCAUCGCCAGCUUCUGCUGCUCGUUAAAUGCAAAUGGCAAAUAUCAAAUAGUCUUGAUUUUGCUUAGAAAUACAGAUCAGUUUUCGUUUUCAAUAAUGGUCGGCAUCUCAUACACCGGCAAUCUUUAUACGGGAGUGCCGACGCAAGAAGUGUAUAAAUAAAACAACCUAUUAUUGAUUAGAAUGAUAUAUUUAUAGUGUGGUGGGGGUUCAAGUUUUGCGUGCUUAUUGCUUAGAAACCCAGUAUGCUAUAUUUAUUUAUGUUUAAUAAGCUAGUGGCUAGUACAUAAAAGAUACUCCAAGAGACUAGACCAGAAUAUAAACACACUGUUCUAAAAAAAAUUGAAAGUCAACAAAGACAAUGUUCACUUACCUCCCACUACUGAAAAGAAUUUGAAAUAUUAUUAACAAUAUAAAAUUAAUAAACAAAAAAACAGUAAAAACAAAAAUUAAAAACUAAAUAAACAAUAAAUAGUUCGUGACAUGUCUGGGUUAACAACGAAUGCCCCGACCUCAGCAGAUGCAUGCCUCAGUAUAGUCCACAGUCUCAUGUGCCAUCGUCAGGGUGGUGAGAGUGAAAGUUUUGCUAAGAGGGCGAUUGAAUCGUUAGUAAAGAAAUUGAAAGAGAAACGGGAUGAAUUAGAUUCCUUGAUUACUGCUAUUACAACGAAUGGAUCACACCCGAGUAAAUGUGUAACAAUACAGAGGACACUUGAUGGCCGAUUACAAGUUGCAGGUCGAAAAGGAUUUCCUCACGUUAUAUACGCUCGCAUUUGGCGUUGGCCUGAUCUCCACAAGAAUGAACUGAAACACGUUAAAUAUUGCACAUUUGCAUUUGAUUUGAAGUGUGAUUCUGUUUGUGUUAAUCCUUAUCAUUAUGAGAGGGUUGUGUCACCUGGUAUAGAUCUCUCAGGCUUGACUAUUCAGUCAGGACCCUCUCGAUUGGUAAAAGAUGAAUACACUGCUGGAGGCCCAGUUGCUGGAAACAGCAUGGAUGUGGAUGGUGAACUAGGUGUUACACAGACCAUCCAACAUCAUCCCCCACAGCAGAACUUCAAUAUAACAACAUUACAGUCCCCUCAGGCUGGUGACCCAAGUUUAUAUAAUGCAAAUAAUAGAUCAGUUUUGGGACCAUCAACUGUCCCCAAAUUGGAAACAGGGCAAGAUGCCUGUCAAAGAAGUAAUUGGAUACCAUCUCGAAUGCAUCAUAUUACACCUGUCUCUGUCCCGGUGCACCAACACAACCUGCAGCCGCAGGUGCCGUCAGGUUCGUUACCCCAGCAACAACCAACUGGGAAUCCCGGUACACCCCUUCACAUUAAUUCCAAUGUAACUGAUAAUAUUGGUGGGAAUAGUUCUCCCGUUUCUCCCCUUCUACAGCAAAACGGUUUCUCAAGUCAGUCGGCGAAUAAGAAUAGCGGUCAGGGUACUCAACCUAUGGCUACAUUGACCUAUACACAAUCAAUGCAGCCCCCAGACACAAGACAUCACAAUACGUACUGGAAUCACAAUACAAACAAUCAAAUUAACGACGUCUGCUUGUUAUCAGCACAGCCAGCUCCGGAGUACUGGUGUUCAGUAGCCUACUUUGAGUUAGAUACUCAGGUAGGCGAGACAUUCAAGGUAUCUUCGAGUUGUCCGAAUGUUACCAUCGAUGGCUAUGUAGAUCCCAGCGGCGGCAAUAGGUUUUGCCUUGGCGCUCUAAGCAAUGUCCAUCGUACAGAUCAAAGCGAGAAGGCCAGACUCCACAUUGGCAAAGGCGUGCAAUUAGAUUUGAGAGGCGAAGGUGAUGUGUGGCUUAGAUGUAUAAGUGACCAUUCAGUCUUCGUGCAGAGUUACUACUUGGAUAGGGAAGCAGGUAGGGCACCUGGGGAUGCUGUCCACAAGAUAUACCCAGCUGCCUACAUAAAAGUAUUUGACCUUAGACAGUGCCAUGGUCAGAUGACUACCCAAGCAGCCACGGCACAAGCCGCUGCCGCUGCACAAGCUGCCGCAGUUGCAGGACACAUACCUGGACCACAUGCCGUGGGAGGUAUUGCACCUGCUAUAAGUUUAUCUGCUGCUACUGGCAUAGGUGUAGACGAUCUGCGACGACUCUGCAUUCUUCGUUUGAGUUUCGUCAAGGGUUGGGGUCCUGACUAUCCGCGUCAGUCUAUCAAGGAGACACCUUGCUGGAUUGAAGUUCAUUUGCACAGAGCUCUGCAAUUGCUCGAUGAGGUUCUACAUACCAUGCCCAUUGAUGGUCCGCGCGGCAUUGAAUAACUAUAAUACAUACACUUUGUUUUGAAUGCGUUCAGCAUAAGUAUGAGAGUUAUAUCGCCGGAAUCAUCUUGCAAUGUAACUUAUCGAGAAAAAACGCAAUUCAAUCUUGAGAGUAAGGCACACCUUUAGGCCAAUUUAUGUUGUUUCUAUUUUGAUUUAGUGCUCUGAUUAUUAUUUUUGUUCUUCUACUUAUUAAGGAAAUUAUAUUAGAUAAUAUUGAAACGUUCUGUCGAUGACCAUCGCGAACACAAUACACGGUAACAAUAUUUGUUUUAGUUCUAAUUUUAUUAUUUUUUUUUUUCGUAACUGUUAAGUUGUUAUGCUUUAUAUAAGUUUCUCUUGUUUUCUUCUCUUUAUUUAUGUACCAAUAGACAUGUAGCUACAAAAUACUAUAUUUUUAAAGAGAAGACUUUGUACUCGUUUUAUAAAAAAAAAUCAAGAAAUGAAGUAUAUUUGUAUAUGGUGCACAAUUUCCCUAGUGGAAAAAAACAACCGUAAAACUGUACAAAUUUGUAAGUGUUUCAUGUGUUUCAUUUAAAAUUUUAUUAUAUUUGUUAUUGUGAAGUUUUAAUAUGUAUUACAUCAUAAUUCAGGCAUCUACAUUAAGCCUACUCCUUCGACAUUUUGUACUGUUUACAUGAUGAAAAAUAUAUGUAUAUGAAUAUCCACUA